AAUUAUUACUUUUUUCUUGUUUAUAGAUACUCCAGGAAUAGAAAAGUGUAGUCACUGCAUAAACAACGUCAUACAGGCUGCUUUAAUUCUCAUUUAUCAUCAAGAUGUCGACCAAAACUGUAUCACAACAACCGCGGCGUGCGCCACUUUCGUUGUCUGGCAGUGGCAAGCAGCAUAAUCAAAAUCAGUACAGUGGCAAAUCUGCAGAUUCCAAUGGCAGUUCAAAUAACAGCGCUAGCGCUAAAAAUGACAAUAAACUUUCUGCGAGCCAGAAAGCGGAGCCAACUAAUAAUGAUGCAAAGGAAUCCACUCCCAAGGAUGUAAAAAAAUUACAGAAUACAGAGAAAAAGCAGCCACAACAACAGCCGGCUGUAAAUAAUGAGACAGCAAAGAAAAAUGAAAAAGUUGAUGAGAAAAAAUCACAAAAUGGUGCUGGCAAAGCAGCAACCAAUGGCGGCACAAAGGAAAAGCAGCAAAAUGGCAGCGGUAAACAAGAAAAUGGUAACGGUAAUGCUUCCAAUGCUAAGUCUACAAAUUCACAUUCAAACGGAAACGCAACCGCCAAAUCUACAAGCACAAGCAAAUCAAACGAGAAAACUGCUGCGCCUGCCAAGGAAGAAGCCAAGUCCAAGGAACAAAAACCCGGGCAAAACAAUGAAAAAAAUGAUAGGGAAUCUGAGAAAGAAAAGGAGAAAGAUAAGAAAAAAGAGCAUGGUCCGGAAAAAACAGCGCAAAAGAAAAAAACCAGAUCCCGGCGUCAUGACACUGCAGCUGAGACCGAUAAAAAACAAGUAGAAAAAACCGAAUCUAUUAAGAGCGAUGAUACCAAAACCGAUGUGUCCAUACCAACAUCGCGUUCCAGUGCAGCGCAAUCCAAAACCAGCACGACCCCCACCAAAGGUGUAGAUAAAUCAUCUGGAGCCUCCACGCCCACAAAAGCUGUGGAAAGGUCGAGCGCUUCACAGCGCACAAAAACAGUCACGACUGUCAUAGACGAUGUCGAAAUGGAGACUCUCGCUGUAGAGCCCUCACCAGUAAAACCACAAAAGCACCCAGCUCCAACUGCAGCUUCUGUGGUCCCUGUUCCACAGCCACCGGCUGCAACUUCUACUCCAGGCAAGGCGCCACCAGUAACACAUAAGGCCAAAUUGCAAGCUGCAGCUGCAAAAUUAGAAAUGCCAACUAAAAUACAAAGUACUGGCAGUUCACCGAACCGCAGCAGUGCGCCUCGCGCCUUUACACAGAUCGCCGGACGUCGCAGCAUACGCCCCCUGACCGAAUAUACACCUUCGAAAUUCGAAGGCAAUUUGCAGUUCCGUGAAUCAUACCGGCGUAUUAAUACCGAAUUGGAUGUCAGUUCGACCACCAACACCAGCAUGAAUGUGACAGUUGGCUCCGAAGUUCCAAAUAAUUCAUCGUUCUCGUUCUUCGGUCGUGGACGUAAACGCGAUCGUACACCUCCACCACAGUCACUAUCGACCAUGCGUUUGCAAACUGAUGCAGAUUAUUCACCACCGAAACGUGCACGUUUGGAUAUGCAGACCUUCUUUAGUGUGGUCUCUUCCCCAUUAACAAUGCUACGCUCGCGUUUUUCCAGGGCUUCCAUACAAAGCAGUACACCAAUGAAGUUGACCUCGAAACUAACAGCAAAUGAUGAGGCCGAAGUACAAAAUGUCUCUGGCAUUUCAAUUGAGGAAGAAAUCAACGAAGGCGCUGAAAGUGAGGAGAAGACUGCCACCGAAGAUGUAACAGUGGGCAAAAAAACUGACGAUGAUGCUACGCCCAAGAUGGAUUCACCUAUGAAAGUCGAUGAAAAAUGCAGUAUGGAGAAGGGCGAAGAACGGAAUUCAGAAGGCGAUGUUGAAAAGAAAUCCUCGGAUGUGCAUGAAGUUGCAGCCGGCGUUGCAGACACUUCAGUAACUUCUGUUAAAAAUAAGAGAUGUAAUGUCAUGUAAAAUGAAAGAAGGCAAGCAAUCAAGCGUACAGUUUAUAUUAGUUACCGUAUUUUUUCUCUUUAAAUGUAUCUCAUGUUUAACGUACAUAUAUGUUAUUCCCUUUCUACCUUAAUUUCAUGUUCUUAAUACAUACAAUAUAUACGUAUAUACAUGCAUACAUACAAUAUUUACAUUCAUUAUAAAAUAUAAAUGUUUAAGUGAAGAGGUAUAUUUAGUUAUUAAGAGCGUUUCACGAUCCAAAAAAAAAUUUAGUUAGAUUCUGACCUUGAAGCAAAUGGAUAUUAUUUCAUUCGAAAGCAGUGGCUACACACAGAUGUGUAGAUAAUCAAAACUAUUAAACGAGUAAACAUUUUAUUUUCUCAGUAGUUGUUUUUGUCACCGUGUAAGGCAAUUACUAAGAUUUCUGCUGGAAAAUUGCCUUAUGCUGUUCCAACAACAAAAAUAUAGCAUAUCCGGUUUGGUCUCUCAUAUUGUUUUUCCUUGUCAGAAAUCCCAAAAUGUGAGGCCAGAACUUGAGAUGGAAAACAUAUUGGAUUGCAAAUUUAUCCUAAAGUUAGAAUAAUCGGCAUGUAAUAAGAAAAUAUUACUUUUUUAUGUUUUUUAUAAUGCAAUUUUUUCGCACAGAAAAACAUAAAAGAACAAAUAUUUAAAAGAAAGACAAAAACACAAAGUAAAUAAGCAUUUUAUAACUUCUUUUGCUUUGAUGACUGCUCAUUAUAUGAAUUAGAAUAAUUUAGUUUUAGUUGUAACUCAAUCAUAUCCCAAUUGAUUUCUGGAUAUUCAUAUAA